AUCAUGCACACAUGUUAAGAGUUGGAAAAAUGAAAAAUAAUAAAUGCCCAAAUGUAAACGUACUGAGUUCAAUACAACGUUACACUAGUAAUCCGUUGGCUGAUCUUACGCAACGUUUGGCACUUGAGCUCGUGUUGUUCCUCGUGUCUUCUUCCGCAUUGAUAGAACUAGACCGUAACAGCUCAGGUUAGCUGAGCAUUAGCCAACGUGAGCGCAAAAUGCUAAAGACCCUUCUAGAAGCGGGCGAAGAAGAGAAGCACUCGCUUAUCACAUGCUCUGCAAAGCAUGCAUCCUCUUCCUGGUUUCCCACCAGCAGUGUCCACUUCCACCCCAGGAGCUGCGUGACUGUGCAAGUCACGUGACCACCGGCGAAGCGAAGGGCACGCUAAAGCUCGGCCGCGGAUGGACUUGGACCCCUGACAUGUCGAUGAUUACUAAUGCGCGGAAGCGUCCAUGGAUUUCCAAACACUUUGCACCUUUGACGCUUACAGGUCGCUGUGGAGUCACUACGGCUACGGGGGGGACCUCCGCGACGUGCUGGAGCAGGAGUUCACACGGACUAAAGGGAUCACGUAUCUGGAUCAUGCAGCGACUACUCUGUACCCAGAGUCUCUGGUCAGGGACUACUUCCAGAACCUCUCAACAAACGUCUACGGAAACCCUCACAGCCACCACCCCAGCAGCAGAUUGACACAAGACACAGUGGACAGGGUCAGAUACAGGGUAUUGCACCAUUUCAACGCCACCCCCGAGGAGUACUCUGUGAUCUUCACUUCUGGUUGUACAGCUGCACUCAAAUUAGUGGCUGAGAGCUUCCCCUGGAGGCCACAGACUGAGAGCGAAGCAGGAAGUCACUUCUGCUACCUCACCGACAGCCAUACCUCUGUAGUGGGCAUAAGAGGGCUGGCCUGUGGCCGGGGGGGGGUCGCCCUUCCCGUCUCCCCGCAGGAGGUGGAGAGCAGGGCGAGGGCGAAAAGUGAAGACGCUGCUUGCCAGACGCCGCACCUCUUCAGCUACCCGGCGCAGAGCAACUUCUCCGGGAGGAAGUAUCCUCUUGGCCUCGUGAGGGGCAUCCAGGCGAGACGCCUCUACCCGGCGUGUGACCACGGGGGCCGCUGGUUUGUGCUGCUCGACGCAGCCUCCCACGUCAGCUGCUCGCCUCUGGACCUGCAACAGUACCCCGCUGACUUCAUUCCCAUCUCCUUCUACAAGAUGUUCGGCUUCCCCACAGGUCUGGGGGCGCUCCUCGUCCGCAACGACGCCGCAGGCGUACUAAAGAAGACCUAUUUCGGAGGAGGCACAGCAGCAGCUUACCUGUCGGGAGAAGAUUAUUAUGUGCAGGCGGCCAACAUUUCUGACAGAUUUGAAGAUGGGAGUGUUUCGUUCUUGGACAUCAUUGCUGUGAAUCACGGUUUUGAUGCUCUUUACAGGAUCACAGGGGGAAUGCACAAUAUCCAGCAGCACACCUAUGGCUUGGCACGCUACACUUACAUGCUGCUGUCUAGCCUUUGCCAUGGCAACGGGCGACCGGUGGCUCAGAUAUACACAGAAGGCCAGUUUGAGAGUCCAAACACACAGGGAGCAAUCCUUAACUUCAACCUCAGAGAUUCUCACGGGCAGAUAAUUGGCUAUUCUCAGGUGGACACAAUGGCCAGUCUCUAUGAUAUCCACGUGCGCACCGGUUGCUUCUGCAACACCGGAGCCUGCCAGUUCUUCCUCGGGAUCACCAACAAGCAGAUGCGGAAAAAUCUGCAGGCGGGCCAUGUCUGCGGAGACAGCAUCGACCUGGUGGACGGCCAGCCCACUGGUUCUGUGCGCGUGUCCUUCGGCUACAUGUCGACGUUUGAAGACUGUCAGAAGUUCCUGAACUUUGUGGCUGAGUGCUUCGUGGAGAAGCCAGUCACAGUGGACCAAGCGAGGCUACAGAAGCUCAUCUCUGCCUCAGCAGCGUCCGAGCGCUCACCUGAAGAUCCUCCAAUCAACAUAACUAAUGAUGGUACACCUGAAGCCGAUGAGAGGGCGGAGCCUACAAAUGCUUCACCGAGGGGAUUUGUCCAAACCGAGUCAAAGACCCAACAGGAGGCUUAUACCCUGACCAACAUCUACAUAUACCCCAUCAAAUCAUGCGGAGCCUUUGAGGUCCACGACUGGCCGGUGGGACCACAGGGUUUACUCUACGACAGAAGCUGGAUGGUAGUGAAUGGAAACGGCGUGAGCCUAGGCCAGAAGAGAGCGCCACGUUUGUGCCUCGUUCGCCCACAGGUCCACCUGCCCUCCAACAAAUUGCUCCUGCAGGCAUCAGGCAUGGAUACCAUUUCGGUUCCCCUGAAAAACAACACUCAAAUGCACGAGAGCUACCGAGUGUGUCAGAGCAAAGUUUGUGGUGACAGGGUGGAGGCUGUCGACUGCGGGGAUGAGGCGGCAUUGUGGUUCUCAGACUUCCUUGGACAGCCAUGCCGCCUGAUAAGACAAAGUCCCGAUUUUACCCGUGGCGGGAAAAUGAGGCUGAGUGGAGCUGCCACCUCCACGUCCCUUUCCCUGGUGAAUGAAGCUCAGUAUCUGAUGAUCAACCGUGCCAGCGCCGAGCUCAUUCACCAGCUAAUGAGCAGCAGGCGGGACGACACCGAGGGCGACCAGCUCCUCGACACACAGAACGUCAUUAGUCGCUUCCGAGCCAAUUUAGUCAUCGCUGGAGGAGAACCAUUUGAGGAGGAUAAUUGGCCCCACUUGAUCAUUGGCAACACUCGAUUUGUGGUCGCAGGUCAGUGCGGGAGAUGCCAGAUGGUUGGAGUAGACCAGGAGACUGGGACCAAAACAAAAGAGCCGCUAAUGUCUCUCUCGGCCUACCGCAAAGGGAAGGUGACUUUUGGAGUGUACCUGACCCAUCAGCUACCAGAGGACUCCAGUACAGCCAGUGUCCUGUCUGCUGGUUCUCCGAUACUGCCGGAGCCACCCAGUUCUUGAAGUAGUCAUCUGAAUCAUCCCGUUUAUUCAUCUUCUUUAUUUAUUCUGAUGAUGUCCUUUGCUCUUGUCAGUCAUUUUGGGCCUUGCACGUCGCUCGCCAAACCCUGCGGAGGGUUUGAUGCUACUCUUUUAUUUGUCUUUGUAGCCAUAGGGGCCUUUUGUCCUCUGAAGUGCCCCACUUUUAUACCAGGGCACUCCGGUUUUAUUUCAUCGGAUGGUAAAUGAUUUGGAUUUCAUCUCCUGUGGUUACUUUCUUUAAAUGUGUGCAAUAAAGUGGAUGUCAAAUAAUAA